AUGUCUGACGCAGAAAUCGAUGAGCAGUACGAAUACCUAGAGAAGAGGCAGAUGCUGCAGAAUGACCAAUCACAUUCCUCUGUUUGGAAACCUGCCGAGAAACUUUCUGUUUUUCGUAAAGUAUGUUAUGGUAUAGGUGGCAUGCCGGGGGCAAUGACUCAUACUGUCAUCGCUUUCUACAUUAUGAUAUACUUGCUGGAAGUAGCCGAGCUACACCCAUUUUACGCCAGUUUUGUUAUAUUUUCGGGUCGAGCCUGGGAUGCCAUUACUGAUCCGUUGAUUGGAUUCUAUAUGGAUAGAUUGAACUGUAGACUUGGUAAACUGAAACCAUGGAUAUACUUUUCCGCGCCGUUUGCCAUAACAUGUUACUGGUUACUAUGGUCUGUACCAGAAACAUCCUCACAAGAAAUUAAACUGGUCUAUUAUACAUUGUUUUAUUGUGCUUUUCAGAUGUUUCUGACGUGUUACAGCUUACCGCACGCAGCACUUACCAUGUACAUAACACACGACCAAUCAGAACGUGACUCUGCAACGGCAUACCGUAUCUGGGCAGACAUUGCUGGCACCGUUGUAGGGAUGAUUAUACAGUCACAAAUAUUGAUCUUUAAAAUGGGGAGAACUUCACAUGAUCCAUGUCGGACAACCGAUGACGAAAAUCAGACUGAUACCAAGGAAGCAAAAAACGCAUUCUUCCUGGCCGGUAUUAUCAUUGGUGCAUUUUAUGCAGUAUGUGCACUAGUGGUGGCACUGGGAGUGAAAGAAUACCGAGAUGAUGCAGUUGUUAAAAAAAAAAAUGAAUCUUUCAAAGAAAGCUUAAAGACGGUCUUCUCACACAAACCAUACAUAACAUUAUUGGUUACGUUCACAUCCUUUUCUUUAGCCAUGCAGGUAUCGGCCCUUGUCUCAAUACCCAUAUGGCAGUAUUUAAUCACAAAAAAUGGAAAAAUUAAAACAUUCUAUACAGGAAUGAUGAUGUUUGUACCAGUUGUUGUUCUUCUCCUGGUAAUUCCAGGCAAUGAACACUUGUUACACGGCAUCUCUGUCUUCUCUGGUGCUGGUGUCGCAGUCUCAUUUUUGCUGCCAUGGUCCAUGAUUCCUGAUGUCAUCGAUGACUUCACAGUGAAAACAGGCACAAGAAAAGAAGCAAUAUUUGUUUCUUUUUAUGUAUUUUUUAAUAAAUUUGCUUCUGGCAUGGCACUGGGAAUAUCAACUCUGAUACUCGGUUUUGCAGGAUACGACACUGGUGCAUGCACCCAACCACCAAUCGUGGGUUAUACACUUCGGAUACUGGUGUCUAUUGCACCACUCAUGCUGACAAUGUUAGGAUUCAAAUUUCUCAGAAAGUAUCCAAUCACAGAAGACGUAAGACUGGCAAAUAAAAGAGCACUCAAUGAAAUCAGAAAUCAAAGAAAUUUGUUUUCAUCCACGGAAUUUCGCCUCCACAAGCCUCCACCACCUUAA